AUGCAUCACUGCACCAGCGCCGCGCGUCUUGCUCGUGCAAGCUGGCAGCAGCGUAACCAGCGGCGGCAUGACAUGGAGCGAGCUGACCGAGCGAUGUUAUCGGGCAACGAGCAACUGCUUCAGCGCGAGCACAGAGCUCUGUACGGGCAACACCUGAAUCAAAUAUCACUUGCUAUUGAAUGGCGGCGUACAACCUUCGUGUUUGCUGUGUUGCAGUUGUGGCAGGACAUCGAGACGGUGCUGCUUGAGUCUAACCUUCGUCUCUGCCACGACGUAGGCGACACCGACUGUGGUGACUUGGACGCGCCGUACAGCAACUGCGACAGCGGCUACAAUCUCCAGGACAGCGACAGCAACGCCAGCUCUCCUGCCACCCGCUUCGAAGUCACCAACUUAGAGCCUCCCAACACGAAUGUGCCAAACUUUGCGGAAUCGGUAUUAUGUAAAAUUACCGAAACCUCUUAUGCGGAUUGCUCUGCUUCUGUUCAAAAUCAAAGUUUGGCUAAUAAUAUAACUUAUGCACAAAAUCAUGCACCGCAUCGUACACCUUGCACUGAAGUGAAUUUUUCUAACUCUGAACAAAACAUCAUUAAAAUGACGAUGGAAAGCAGUGAAGAAGCAUUUCCACAAACAGAAAAAACGUUUCUCAAUGUACAAGCAUCUAUCAAAAUUUUACCCGCCAAACAUGAGAAUUCUUCUGUACAAAAUCAUUGUAACGCAGAUCAUGAUACCAACAAAAAUUCUCAGGUAACGAAUCCACUAACAAGUAAUGACCAAAUUGUUCGCACUGCCAUAUCUCGAGAAAACCCAUCUGCGAGAUGUCAUGAUAACUUGUUAAUUGAAGGGCAAAAAACUGUUUAUGAAGUAAAAAAGCUCAAGGAAAUAUCCUCUCAUGUAGUAAAUAAGACAAAAUGUCCGCCUAUUGCUUCGAAAUCCAUUUUUGAAGACGCUCACGAAAAAUUCACGGAGAGCAUAUCAAAAACUACGUCAAAACUUACUUCUAAGGAAAAGGUGAAUCAAAAUUUGCUCGGGAAAAAAUCGAUUUUAUCCCAGGUGCUAACAGCUCCAUUAACACCGAAAAAUUCAAGUAAGGGAUCAUACUAUUUGAAUCUAAUGGGUAGAACCUACUCCCAAAAUUACCAGACAAACAAUAAGGUACCUGGUAAAUCAUCUAGUCAACCAUCGUCUCCUACAAAUGAAAAGGAUAGCACAAGUCAGGAUUCAAGCCUAAAGCAACGCUCUCAGUCGAUGAGCAUCUCCUGCAAUUCUUUAUAUCCUUCAACAGUAGCGAGUAAUAGUUGUGUGUUUGCGACUGAUUCAGUCCCGGGAACAGCCAUGCGAGAUAUCUCAUCGAAUUCUUUCCAGAAACCAGCAGACAUUUUGUGUGCAAACGAAAGGGACGACACGAGUGAAACCAACCAAACGGGCGGAAUUACAAAUAAAAAAAGUCGAGGUUUAGAUCAAGCAAAUUCGAAAAAGCCUAAUGAUAACGGGAAAAGACAAAAAGGAGCUUUCGGGGCGAUAACCUGUCCUACUAACAACCAAGUUCUUUGUGAUGAGAAGCCUCAGAAUAAUCCUGAAAACUUGCAUUCUAGCAACAAUGAAGAUAACUCGCAGAUAUCAGCUAAUAAUCAACAUUCUACCGGCCAACACACCUUUAUGGACCAGAGGAACUCCAGCCCUCGAUCAGUCGAGUUUUCUUUGCAGUUAAAUCAAAACGUCCACAAACAUCAUCCACAACAGACAAAUCAUCAUAUCAGUUCAUCGAAUUCACUGAAUGGAUAUGAUGAAAGCCGUAUGCACGUCGAUUCUACCGAAAUUUCCACACACUCACAAAUUUUUCAAUUGCCACAAACACCUCAGCAACAACAGCAACUGACAAAACAUCACUUAGAACUAAAUUGCCAAUUGUCUCAUCAAUCACAUACUCCUCAAACUUACAAUUCAACGGCACAACAUCACAGUCUGCAUUCAGCUUCUGUACAAACACAGCCUCUAAGCCAAGUUUUCCCAUGCCACACUUCACAUCUAAAUGCACCACAAAGUAUUCGUCCCGAUAAUCUCAAGGAAAUCCAACACACGAUGUCGUCGCAAACAGGUCAAAACACUUAUACGCCUCAUCAUGCCACUUACCAGAAUGACCAGGCAUUGAAGUACACAUACAUAGACAAUACCUAUCAAAUACCUUCAACGACAGAGCAGCGAAGCACUGUUGGCAAUCAGGUUAUGAGCUAUCCAGCGUCAGCUCAGUAUGCCGAGUCGCAAACUCAAUGCGCAGAAAUGGCACCAAAUUGCUUUUCAAAUUUUUCGCAAUCUUAUGUUGGGUACAAUGACAAUGGAUUGGAUGUAAAUGCCUACGUCAAUGAGGAAUUGAAUGCUUUAGAAAGGAAUUCAUUCAGUUCCACUCCGUACGAUCACAAUUUAUUCGAACACACAGCAUAUGAAGACAACUCGGCGCUGAUGGAAUCGGAAGAUUUCGUUGAUCUCGACGCUCUGGCAAAAAGCGUCGCUGAAGGACACUGCCAGAAUGCCGUGGUCCCUCACUCCCCAAAUGAGAAACACUUACGAGAGCAAGCUCGAACUAACCAACACGUUGACCCAGUACCCUGUACUGACAACAUGCAUUUAUCUCAAGAUUCAAUACAGCCAACAUAUAACAAAGUACCCCAGCAAACAUCCUCUAUGGUACCUGCACCGCAUAGUUCACUUCAACAAAAUCAUCAAAUGAUGCCUCCAAGUCUUCGACCUCGAAUAUCAGGCUCUAGUUAUCAAACUUCCAUUGCAAUGAAUGGGAAUCCCGUUACUUAUACUCAUGGUCAAAUGUCUCCUCCAGCGUCUCCUGACACAGACGAACUCCCCAGAGGAGUGCUACGUCAAGGAAGACAGUUACCGCCAGGCCUCAACGGACAUUUAACUCGUCACGCAUUAAUGCCCAUUAGCAAAGUUAUGACUCCUCCGUCAUCUCCUAACCUAUCUGAACUUCUUAGUUCAGGUAAUGGACGGGGACCAGGACCAGGCAUGAACCCAAGUCUGCUGCCAAGCAUCAAAGAAACUACUACUCCAACCACUGAAGACUCUGAGAACAGGGCAAUAAAAAAGCCAGGUGGUAGAAAGAAGAUUACAGCACACACUUGCCAGACCCCAGGGUGUGGCAAGACAUAUACUAAAUCAUCGCAUCUGAAGGCGCAUUUGAGGACCCACACGGGGGAAAAACCUUACAUGUGCGACUGGAAAGGUUGCGGCUGGAAGUUUGCGAGAUCAGACGAACUGACCCGACACAGCCGGAAGCAUACCGGAGACCGGCCUUUCCAGUGCCGGUUGUGCGAACGAGCAUUUUCUCGUUCCGAUCACCUCAGUCUUCACAUGAAACGACACGUAACCGUUUAGUUAUCCGUGUAAAUAAAUUGAUUCCCUUUUCACUGUGCUUUUAACAAUAAUUACUUUAUCAAACUCAGUCAUGUAUCGUACGUAUAGAUUGUAUAUAAAAUAUAUAGAUGUAACUUAUCGGACGCGGUUUCUUAAUAAAAUAUAAUGCAACACGAUGAAUUUAUGUUGAGCUAUGCUCACAAGGUGCCAUACGUGCCAAUUAGUGCUUUCCAGCAAGUUAAUGAAGACAAUUCGGUGAAUAAUAGUGAUGCACCACAUUCAUUCAUAGGCAUAAUGGAUCGUAUUUCAUUCUGUUAAGCUCGAGCUACAAUUAAUGUACUUGACAAAAUUCUUCUCAACCAUCAAUGUCUGUAGCUCUCACUUUAGUGCGAGAUUAUUGCAAUUAGGAUAUAUUUCUAGCUAUAAUAACUACAGUUAUUUGAACAUUUCAAAGCUUGAUCUCAUUAACGUAUUUUAACUGUGGACACUAUGUAAGAAAUGUUUUUUUAGAGUGGAACCUAUUUAGUUUCCAAUCAAGUAGUGUAAUGAUUAGGACUCCACAAACAUACUUAGUGAAAAAAAAAUUCUCGAUCAGUCGAAAUUCGCAUUGACCUUUUUAUCGAUGUUUGCCAGUUAGAUUUUAUUUCACCAAUUCCUUGAAAAUCUUAAACUCACACGUCUUUAGAUUACGAUUUUCCAUUUUGCUGUAAAAAAUAAGCUCAAAGACAAUCGCCGCUUUAACUCUGAAACCAUGGUACCUGGCUUCAUAUUUCACGUUAAUUUUCACUGAGAUCGAAGGCGAUGGAAAGUAAACAAGACUCACUUAUUUCGUUAGCUGGAGGCUAGUUUGGCUUCACGAUAUUGGCCUUUCUUAUUGACCAGGUAGGCAGCCAUUCUUCCUUCCCUUCUCUCCGGGUUACGGCCAAUUUAUAAAACCAUUAGCCGGUCGUUACCGGACAAGCAUUAGAUCACGCGACGGCGGUCGCUUGUUGGUUCAGGCUCUUCCGACGAUGUUCUCGCUAAUGAAAACAAAUGAGGUCUUCGGUAAACAAAUUCAAAGCAAAAAGCGUGCGCUGAUGUCUGCUGCCUGACUUGAAAAGCCGAGCCCAAGGGUCAUCGACGAGAGUGGUUAAUCCCGAACGAACAUGCAAACAUGACUGGCGACUCACGAAAUUCAGGAACGAAUUUCUUAGCAAAACUACGCACAGGCGAAAGGAUAGCAGUUGAGUAUUGAACGACUAUUAUUGAGCGAGAAUAAUCGAUAUAAUAUUAAUGUAUUGUUGUUCAAUAUUCAAAAAAAGUUAAAUGGGAUAAAUCAAAAACAACCUUCAUGCUCAUAAUUUACGUGAAUUUGAUUACAAUUCAUAAGUAUUUAUGCGUUAUUUUGUAAUUUUCUCUAUAAUAUCAUUUUUACAAAUUAGCAUCUUUCUUCAGUCGAGACGAUAAACUAAUGAUUUGGAUACUAUUGUGUUAAAAAAUGAAACAAAUAUUUCAGUAAUGUAUUGAAAGCCUGCUGCCAUUCCUCCAAGACGUAAGCCAAGCUCAGUGAGUGGAGGAAGAACCAUCACGAGGUGUUCUAGACGCGUGUUCUGUGCAGUCGGAAGUGCUGGCCGGUAGCAGAGCAAUGAGUCUCUAGGUUAGGUUAGGUUAGGUUAGCUGGCAAUCAGCUAAUGCAGCAAGGAGGGCAGAGGAGGCCUAACUCCUCCCAACCCUACGGCGCAUGCGCAAGCUGGCAAGUCAAUUUUCCCGCGCAUGCGCUCCAUGCAAGGCGCAUGCCUACAGAUGGAAAAAGUUUCGUAGAAAGGGAAAUGUAGGGGUAUGUGGGAAACAACAUAGAAUAGAGACUUAUUAAUUUGCUGUUGAGUCAAGCAAAUGCGUUUGAAGAAUUAAUUCACUGGAUCGAUCUUAAUUCUGCCCUUGCCUAGCAUUAUAGACGGUUUUAUCUGCAUAUGUACCAUAUCAACAGAGUAAGAAGGAAACUUAUGGUCUCCAACGGCAACCUUGCUCCAAGCAAACUUUUUAGCCAAACCGAAAUGCGCAGUUUACUUUAUAAUUACGGUGUUGAAGCGGAAAAUUUUCACAUGGAAAGUUGAAAGAAACAAUUCACUUUUGAUACAUGAGGCGUCGGUUCUAAUACAUUCACUCAUCAGCAGGCUACAAAUCUCAUCUUAAGAUUACAAAGAAAAGGCCUAAUUUUGGCACUGUAAACUGAAAGAACCAUCGUGUGUGCGAGUCAAACACGUCCGUGGCGACUGGCGAGCAAGAUCUAGAAUGGCUUAGUUCGUUGGGUAAACAUUAAACACACUAUAUAUUUUACAAAUAUUUUCUGAAAACCAGUCUCAAACCCAGCCAUCGACUCCUGAACAAAUUUUUUUCAAUUCAAGAUUCAAUGUUGAAUGGAUAUUUAUCUUUUCAGCCAUUCGUAUUGCAUGUGAAGUCAUUAUUGUAAAUUUCAAAUUGUAUUGUAUAAAUAUGACACAUGUUCCAUUUGAAUCAUCACAACCAACUAGGUGAAUACUUAUGACAAGUAACUUGUGCUUCUGUUUAUUUCCUCCUACGCUUCCACCUACUGUCCAUUACCAUUUCCCACUCGCACGUGCAUGGAUGCUAGUUCCCUCGCUUCUGUAAUAACUUUUUAUAUUCUGAAUUUUUACGCUAAAAGUUAUUCCGAAGUUAUACUGAAUCGCUACAAUUUAUUAACCAAGUCAUCAAUAAACAAACUGCAACGAAAUAUGAACGAUGUGUAUGGAUGUUCGAUGAGACAAUAUUUAAAUGACUUAUUUUCAUGGCAAUGCUUAAUCUAUAACCUGGUAAACUCGCAUCAUGCCGACGAUUGUCAAUACUUCGGUGACAAAUAAUUUAGCUUUAGUUUGUCUACAACCCAGAUUUCCUUCAUCUGUUUUUGCUGCGGAUUUAAUACGUCGUUCAGCGAUAAUAAUGGACAAUGGGAAUGCACCACUGCGUUCGUUUAUUAGCCCGAAAAAUAUGUACAUUUUCCACGUAGAUCUUAAUUCGGACACGCAAUUAUGGUACACACAUGAAUGGGAUUGCUUUAUGGGUAAAUAAUUGAACAAAGUUGGAGGCAAAAUGCGUAUGAACUUUGAGUUCGCGGUUUAUCAUCUUCUGAAUGAUUUAUUCAUCAAAAAAUUCAUGAAACAUAUUCUAGUCUCGUCUCCAUGACUAAGAUAUUGUUUUUACGACAAGACUCCAAAUAUGCGAGUCAUGAUAAUAAUUUUAAAUACGCAAGGUCAGCGGGAUUAACGCUGAAUAUCGAUUGGUAACAUGGAUAACUCCGCUACGCCUUAGGCGACGUUUAAUCGUAAAUCGUUUUAGAUGAUUUAUCUGCGAAAAUUAAAAAGUUGCUCAUCAAUUAAUGAAAUAUGUCUCCAUUUUUCAAAUCAGAACCGUAUUGAAUGUAGUCUGUAAAAUGGCCCAGUCUUACCUUUGAUUUCAGGUUAAACGAAGGUUAUCAAAGGCUUUAUUCAAAUUGAAGCUUUUCAACUGACAACAAUGUCACCUGAUAUCAAUCGAAAUUAGGUAAAAGAUUCACUUUGAUAAUAAUCGAUAUCAUCAGCAGAAAAUCCUCAUAAGCUAAAAGUUGAACAGAUUCGUAUACGCAUCUCGAACUGAUGAAUUGCGUAGUUUCGGCUGACCCGGUUUUUGCAGCUUGUACAGAUGUUGUGUAAUCAAGAAACUUUUUAAGACAUUCGUUUUUUACAUCGGAUUAGCUUAAUUACUGUAAACGUGUUCACCAUCUGUAAAUUAAAAGCUGUAUCUCUUAAUAAUUAUGCUUGAAAUCGUCGUGCGCUUAAUUAGUCGACUUAUACUGAAGAUGUGUUCUAUAGUACGCAAUUUUUACGAUAAUUUUAGAGUAAAUUUAAAAUUUUCUUUUUAUC